CGGCCUUCUAUCUUUUAAUAUCAGCUUGCUAGCUUUGUUCAACGAUCUGCUGAUAUCAGUCCGAAACAGCCCCGCAACCCCACCAUCUUAACCAAAACCCCAAGCUCGACUGUCGUCACAUCCAACUUCCACCCCUCCCUAUAAACAGUAAUGGCAGCCACAACACCAAACGCUCUGGAAGUCAACAAUCUCCGCUUCAACGCCGAGGCAGCUGCAUGGGACUCGAAUAAGAAACACGUCGAAAGUGUUGAAAAAGCGUUCGACGCUAUUAAACGCAGCAUUCCUGCCUUCAGCGAUGGAAGCUCUAAAAACCUCGAUGUCCUCGAAAUAGGAUGCGGCACCGGCCUCCUCUCCUUCCGCCUCGCCCCGCUCGUUCGGUCGCUUGUCGGCGUCGACACCGCAGACGGCAUGAUCGCAGCGUUCAACCAAAAGGUCGCCGUGCUCCCCGAUCCCUAUAAAGCCAACCUCGCUGCUGUGAAUGUGCUGGUGCAAGAAGCAGAUGAUGUACACGUCCAAGGAGCAGCCGCAGCGCUCGCCAGCCGACGUGGUGAAUCCGGCCACGACCAACCGUACAGGUUCGACCUCGUAGUCUCGCAUCUUACAUUACAUCAUAUCCCCUCAAUGCCCGCAGUCUUUGCCACAAUUUUCCAAUGCUUGAAGCCAGGGGGUAGGAUUGCGUUGACGGAUUAUGAAGAUUUUGGCGAGAGCGCGGUGAGGUUUCAUCCGAAGAGCAAGAGGGAAGGCGUAGAGAGACAUGGAAUUAAAAAGGACGAGGUGGAGAUGAUAAUUGAUGGUACGGGAUUUAAUAUGGUGAAGGUUGAGGAGGCGUUUGUACUGAGGAAGGAGGUCGAAGCCGAGAAUGGAGAGCCGAAGAGAGAAAUGGAUUUCCCGUUUGUGAUAUGCUUGGGGCAGCGGAGCUGAGGUAUAGUCCACUUUAUCUGGCCGGGGUGUUGUAAGGUAAUGCCCUCGCUUGAGGUGAAUGCUUGCUAAGUUGGAAGAGAGAAGCAAAAGGAUGGUGCAGACAGGAAGUUCAAAGGUCCUUCAUUAAGUCGUUGACAGCUUUGGCGGCGAAUCUCUUUCGCUCUGCUUCAGGCAUACUCUCGCCCAUCUCUGAUAAACAGUAGUUAGCAAAAAGUAGAUAAAAGCUCAAUAAGAAACGCAAGGCGCAC